AUGAUCAUCCGCGACAAUGGAGAGAUUGAGUCCGAGGAGGAUCCAGAGCCGGAGAAACCAGAGAAAGAAGAAGAACCUGAGGAGUAUGAAGCCGUGCCUGUCCAAGGCAACUUGAAGCAUCCGCGGCCUUAUAAGCUUAACUGGCUGAAUGAAACUGGAGAGAUGAGUGUCAAGAACCAAGUGGUUGUGCCCUUGUCCAUUGGCAACUACAAGGAUGAGAUCCUUUGUGACAUUCUGCCCAUGGACGCCGGUCACAUCAUCUUAGGGCGGCCUUGGCAAUCUGAUAGGCGUGUGAUCCAUGAUGGAUUCACAAACCGCUACACUCUUCUUCAUGAGGGCCGUAAAACCACUUUGAUUCCUUUGAGUCCACAAGAAGUCUAUGAAGAUCAGUUACAACUUGCUGGAAAGGAAGUUAAGUCACCUAAGCCUCCUAAGCCAAAGAACUUCCUGGUGAAGCCAAAACAGGACUUUAGCGAUGUCUUUCCUGAGGAUAGUCCACCAGGCUUGCCUCCUGUCCGAGGUAUUGAGCACCAGAUUGAUUUUGUCCCCGGCUCCACUUUACCAAACAGGCCGGCUUACAGAACCAAUCCGGUUGAGACCAAGGAGCUUCAGCGCCAAGUGGAUGAACUCAUGGAGAAAGGCCACAUUAGAGAGAGCAUGAGCCCUGUGCUGUUCCUGUUCUUCUUGUUCCUAAGAAGGAUGGAAGCUGGAGAAUAUGAGUUACAUGGCUCUUGCAUCUUCUCUAAGAUUGAUCUUAAGAGUGGUUAUCACCAAAUCCGGAUGAAGGAAGGUGAUGAGUGGAAAACCGCCUUUAAAACCAAGCAUGGUCUAUAUGAGUGGCUUGUGAUGCCAUUUGGCUUGACCAAUGCGCCAAGUUUUGUGGUGAGUGCAGAUGGCGUACAGGUUGAUGAAGAGAAGGUCGCAGCUAUCGGGAUUGGCCUAGUCCUAAGACCGUUGGAGAGGUCAGAGCUUUCAUGGCUUGGCCGGAUUCUAUCGGCGCAUUACUUAUGGCCCAAGGAGUUUGUUAUCCAUACUGAUCAUGAAUCACUCAAGCACUUCAAAGGCCAACAGAAGCUCAACAAGAGGCAUGCUCGCUGGGCCGAGUUCAUAGAAACCUUUCCCUAUGUGAUCAAGUACAAGAAAGGUAAGGACAAUGUCGUGGCCGACGCAUUGUCUAGACGGUAUACACUUCUCUCUACUCUUGAUGCCAAACUCUUAGGCUUUGAGCAAAUUAAAGAACUAUAUGCUUCUGAUGCUGAUUUUUCUGAUAUUUAUCAAGCUUGUUCUAAGUUUGCUUCUGGUAUGGAAGCACAUGGAGGAGGACUUAUGGGACAUUUUGGAGUUGCCAAGACUAUACAGAUCAUGAGAGAUCAUUUCCAUUGGCCACAUAUGAUUAGAGAUGUGGAGCGCAUAUGUGCUCGCUGCACCACUUGUAAGUUGGCCAAAUCCAAGGUCCAACCCCACGGUUUGUAUACUCCUCUCCCUAUUCCAUCACAACCUUGGACUGAUGUUUCCAUGGACUUUGUUCUUGGUUUACCCAGAACUAGACAUGGAAAGGAUUCCAUUUUGUGA